AUGUCUUUCGCGUUCCAUUCCGCCCUGCUGGCUGCGUCGCCGCAGGGGGUGUCUCUUCUGCCUCUGCAUGCGUCGCCUUCCGCAGCUGCGGACGCGGCGUACCUCGAAGACUGCCGAGUGGUACAGGAUCUCCUCCAGCAACUCCGGCGCUUUUCGUCUUCGAUUCGGAGGCUGAAAACCGAAAUCGACGCCCUGGCGGCCUCUCCCUUCCCCGAGAGCGAAGGCAGAGACGAACCUGCAGCCUCCCAGCAGACGGCGUGGAAAGAUGUGAGAGCCUCAACGCGAGACGAGCAGCCUCUCCCCUCUCCGGAGUCUUCCGAUCCGCCCUCGCCCCACGCCUCGGAAGACCAGCCGGACGUGUCCCGCCUCUCUUCUCAUUCCUCUUCUUGUGCAGUUUCCAACUCUCUCGUUCUUCUGCGACACCAAACCGAGCUUCGCGGACAGCUGGAAGCGGCGCGGGCGGCCGCGGAGGAGGCGCACCGCAGACUCGCCCACCUCGCAAUGCAUGCAAGCGCCGCGACCUCGCACGCCGAAAAGCAACAUCGCCAGUUCAUGCACCAGCGCCUCAUCCAAAGUCUUCGCCUCGCCACCAAAAACCUCAAAGAAGCUGCUGAAGCACUGGAGGCACCGCCUCCUCCUCGGGCGUCUUUGCCUUCGCCGCGUGCGCUGGCGGCUGUUCGCGACGCGCCGAGCAGCCACUCGUCGCCGUUUCACUCGCAAGACUCGGACGAGAAUUUUCAAAGGCAGCGCGAAGGCCUGCUCGACCUCCUGGCUAGCCACCAGCGCAUGCGGCAGGAGCAGUCGGCGUCGCACACGCUCUCGCGGGGUGUACAUACAGCUCGGGAACUGGCGCUUCGGGGCCGUGCUGGGAGCGAGGGGCGGCGAGGGAGUCCAGGACGUCUUUCUUCCUGGGAAGACGCCCAGCGAAUGCACAGAGGAAGCAAGACUGCAGACGGCAGCUUUUCGCCCCAAGUGGAGACGAGCGGAGACGGUGCUGCUGGGCGAGGCGAGCGGAGAUGGCAAGGCGAGAGAGAGGAAGGAAGAGACAGUGAGCACGCACAUCGGAAAGCGUAUGGCCUCGAGAGUCGGAAAGGCGCGGCCAUCGCGGCGGCUGCAGGCGUCAUUGCGUCGCCGCCCUCGGAAAAUCGAGAACACCGAGAAGAAGGCGAGGACAGAGAAAUGAGAGCUUACCAGGCAUUGCUCGACCGUUCGCGUGGAGACGAGGCAGCCGUGCACAACGGGAGUUCUCUGAGUAGCCAAGCGCGGCCCAACGUCCCCGUCGAGAUUCCGGAGGGCUGCAUUGAACACGCGAUUCGCCAGGAACAACUCGACGGCCUCGCAAAAAUCCAACGCGAAAUUCAAGGCAUCCAAUCACUUUAUGAGCAACUGGCCUUCUACGUGGACGAUCAGCAACUGGGCAUUGACGGCGUCAUCAAUCUCCUCGACUCCACUCGAGACUCGGCCAGCCAGGCGAACCGGGAACUGGUGCAUGCACGUCGCCUCAGUCGCGCCACCACACGCAGAAAGUGUAUCAUCUGGUUGGUAAUCUUCUGCAUGACCGCUCUCAUCCUCUGGAUCCUCUUGUUUCUCCACUGA